AUGAUAAACUGGGUGGUUGGAGCCCUGAACGCUGAUUGGCUGAGAGCCGUGGUAUACAACGGAGGUGACGGGAAAAGUUUCGGUGAGAAGGACUUCCGGAGCGGCCUGGAGAACGGGAUCCUGCUCUGCGAGUUACUGUGUUCCAUCAGACCAGGUUUGGUCCAGAAAAUCAACAGACUACCCUCGCCCAUCGCUGGACUGGACAACCUGUCAGUGUUCCUCAGAGGCUGUGAGGAGUUGGGUCUGAAAGGUUCCCAGCUCUUUAAUCCGGGAGACCUUCAGGACACCUCCAUACAAGCCAACCUCAGGGACUCAGAAUGCAGUAGAAAACUGAAGAAUGUCUUAAUUACAAUAUUCUGGCUGGGGAAGGCAUCCAGUGUGUGCCCCUCCUAUGACGGCCCUGUCCUAAACCUCAGAGAGUUUGAGGGACUGCGAUCACACAUGAGAACGCUGAGUGAGGACAGGUCUGGGUCAGACAGUGUGAGGCCAGGUGUGAGGGAUAGUGGUUACGACUGCUGGGACUCAGAGCGGAGUCAGUCUCUCUCUCCCCGACCACACACACGGGACAACUCCCUGGACAGCCUGGAUUCUUUUGGCUCGCGCUCCCAGACUAGCCCCUCCCCCGAUGUCAUCAUCCAUGGCAACAGUGAUGUUGACUCAGACGGCGAUGCCCCCAACAGGAAGGCAGAUGUCCGUCGUGAUGACAUGUUAGCUCGUCGUACGUCGGCCGGUGAAUCACGGACCUUUGUUCCCUUUAACCAGUUCCUGCCCAAUCGGAACGUCUCUGCCUACGUUCCCACCACCAGACGCAGAUCACGGCCCCAGGAUGGAGAGCACGGCAGUCUCCCUCAGCCCAUCUUAGAGGAGGGAGGAGGGGGGGAGGGGGGAGGUCCCUUUAAGAGACCACCAGGGCCCCGCUCCAGAAACCACAAGACAGUCACAUGGGCCCCAGAUGGGGAGGAGCCUAAAGGGGAAGAGGGGGGUCUUGGGCAGGAAGAGGAAGUGUUGAAACGGGAAGUAGAAGAACAUCGGCGGCUGCAGAGGCUGGAGAAGGCGGGGAUUAAAGUUCUGCCCGCUGUGAUUCGCUACGGCAG